GUGCGGAUUUUGGAACCGCUGAGUGUGUACCCCGCCGCGGCCAGCCGCACGCAACCCAAAACUUGGCAGCAAAAAAAAGUUAGCAAGAGGGCAGUCGCUGGGGCGGCAUUGAGCAGACAAGAUGCCGCAGAACGAGCACAUCGAGCUUCACCGGAAGCGCUACGGCUACCGGCUCGACCACCACGAGCGGCUUCGCAAGCGGCUCGGCCGCAAGCCGCACGAGGAUGCGCUCAAGGCGAAGACCACCCGCGGCCUCAAGGCCAAGAUGCUGACCAAGAAGCGCUACUCCGAGAAGGUGCAGAUGAAGAAGACGCUCAAGAUGCACGAGGAGAAGCUCAGCAAGCAGAGGGGUCCCGAGGCGGCGGCGCAGGGAGCCGUACCCGUGUACCUUUUGGAUCGUGAGAACCAGUCCAGGGCAAAGGUCCUUUCCAACAUGAUCAAGCAGAAGAGAAAAGAGAAGGCCGGCAAGUGGGACGUUCCGAUUCCAAAAGUCCGAGGCGUCGGGGACUCGGAGGCGUUCCGGGUAAUCAAGACGGGCAAGCGGAAAAAGAAGGCGUGGAAGCGGAUGGUGACCAAGGUGACAUUCGUCGGUGAGGGCUUCACCCGCAAGCCGCCCAAGUUCGAGCGCUUCAUCCGGCCGAUGGCGCUGCGCUUCAAGAAGUGCCACGUGACGCACCCGGAACUCAAGGCCACCUUCUGCCUGCCCAUCAUCGGCGUCAAGAAGAACCCGAGCUCGCCGCUCUACUCGCAGCUCGGGGUGAUCACGAAGGGCACGGUGAUCGAAGUGAAUGUCAGCGAACUUGGUCUGGUGACGCAGGGUGGCAAGGUGGUGUGGGGAAAGUAUGCGCAGGUGACCAACAAUCCGGAGAACGAUGGUUGCAUCAAUGCGGUGCUUCUGGUGUAAAUAAAAUAAAGAGGAGGUUUUUGUUUGUCAAAUCGCUUGUUUCUUUUCUUAGCAAGUUUAUUUGUUACCCCAUUGCAGGUCGCCAUGCAGAUCUUUGUCAAGACACUCACGGGCAAGACCAUCACUCUAGAGGUCGAGCCCAGUGAUACCAUCGAAAAUGUCAAGGCGAAAAUCCAGGACAAGGAGGGUAUCCCGCCCGACCAGCAGCGUCUGAUCUUUGCCGGCAAGCAGCUGGAGGAUGGCCGCACCCUGUCGGACUACAACAUCCAGAAGGAGUCCACCCUGCACCUGGUGCUGCGGCUGCGUGGUGGCGCCAAGAAGCGCAAGAAGAAGAACUACACCACUCCCAAGAAGAACAAGCACAAGAAGAAGAAGGUCAAGCUGGCCGUGCUCAAGUUCUACAAGGUUGACGAGAAUGGCAAGAUCACUCGGCUGAGGCGGGAGUGUCCCAGCGAGGACUGUGGUGCGGGUGUCUUCAUGGCUGCGCACUUUGACAGGCAGUACUGUGGCAAGUGCUGCCUCACCUACGUCUACAACAAGCCCGACGAGAAGUAGGCGACGUUGCAGCCCAACAUUG